CGGGGCGGUCGUGCUCGGUGUGGCGGUGCCGUGCGUCUCUGUCGCUGUCCCGGCUUCGCUCUGCCGGCGUCGCUCGCGCGCCCUCGUGCAUUCUCUCGGAGUCCCCACCACCGGCCAGCCCGUCGGCUCGACGACAACGACGAAGACCUCCGAGAAUUCCAUGUGGGCUCGGACUCCGGGCACUCCGGGCACCCCCGGACCGGCAGCGCGGCUGGAGCCGAGGCUGGAGCCGCCGCCGGCCGGAGCAUGCCGCCACUGCGAGAAGCUCACCGAGUGCAUCACCUUGGCCGGCGGGGUGCGCCUGCCGGUGCGCGGCGCCUGAGCGCGGGAGUGCGAGACAGUGCGGUGCAGGGAGUGCCCCAGGCUUGGCCCCAGGCUUGGCCCCAGGUGCAACAAGUGUUUUGGACCGAACCGGAGUGAGCGGCGCGGCGCCAAGCUACCCCGCGCACCCGCAGCACCGCAGCGACCGCGUGCCAGGACAACCUGAACCCCGUCUCGUUGACAGCAGCCGCCAAAAUGGUGGACCCCGUGUUCGGAGGCCCUGACCAGCAGCGGCGCAACAUCGAGGAGAUGCACGAGUGGUGCAUGUCCCAAGGCGCCGUCGAGUUCAACCGCUCCGUCGUCCUCGGCAGCCUGGGCGCCGAGCUGGGCUGGUGCCCGAUGGCGUGGGACGGGCUGGCCUGCUGGAACGCCACCCCCGCCGGCCACACCGCCGCCAUGCCCUGCCCCAGCUACAUCGCCGGCUUCGACAUGCAGGAGAACGCGACGCGGCGCUGCCUGGCGGACGGCACCUGGUUCGUCAACCUGACCAUGAACCGGACCUGGACCAACUACUCCAUGUGCGCGCCCCACGACGUGGCCACGGUGGUCGUCAGCCUGCCCGACUCGGGGAACAACUCGCUGCUCGACAGCUCGCUGCCCAUCGUCAAGACCAUGUCGCAGGUCGGCUACUCCCUGUCCCUGGUGUCCCUGGUGGCCGCCUCGGCCGUCCUCGCCACCAUCAAGAAGCUGCGGUGCCCGCGCAACAUGCUGCACCUCCACCUGUUCGCGUCCUUCAUCAUGCGCGCCUUCUUCUCGCUGCUCAAGUCCGGCCUCUUCGUGGACGGCAUCGGGCUGCCGUCCGACCUGCUGCUCAAGGACGGCGGCAACGUGUUCGUCGACAGAUACGAGAACUGGGUGUGUAAGCUGAUCACCAGCCUCUGGCAGUACUUCAUCAUGGCCAACUACUCGUGGAUCCUGAUGGAGGGCCUGUACCUGCACAACCUCAUCUUCCUGGCCCUGUUUUCGGACACGUCCUCCAUCCGGCUCUACGUCGCCCUCGGCUGGGGCCUGCCGUCGGUGUUCGUGGUGGCGUGGGUGGUCACCAGGAUCUACGUGGACAACGGCCUGUGCUGGACCACCAACGAGAACGCCGUCAUCUUCCUGCUGGUCAGGGUGCCCAUCACCGUCUCGAUAGUGGUCAACUUCCUGCUGUUCCUCAACAUCAUCCGGAUGCUGAUGAAGAAGCUCCAGGCGUCCAUCUGUGACGAGACGCGGCGGCACAGGUAUAGGCGCUGGGCGAAGUCGACGCUGGUGCUGAUGCCGCUGUUCGGGGCGCACUACGCCCUGUUCCUGGGGAUGUCGUACGGCGUGCACAACCAGGCCUCCAAGUCCAGGGGCGACGAGAUGGUGGAGACCAUCUGGCUGUUCCUCGACCAGGCCUUCGCCUCCUUCCAGGGCUUCUUCGUGGCGGUGCUCUUCUGCUUCAUGAACGGCGAGGUGCGCGCCGAGCUGGACAAGGCGUGGAGCAGCCGGGCGCCGCUGUGGGGCGGGCGCCGCCAAGGCUUCUGGUUCAAGUCGCGCGCCGCCAGGCACCCGUCCCUGCACUCCUACGACACGUGCUCCAGCUACGGCAACCACCAGGCGCCGUGGGCGAUCCGCAAGCGCAGCGAGGGCCGCAGCACGGUGACGAGCACCACGGCCUUGCCCAGCGAGAUGUGCGCCAGCACCGUGGUCUCGCCGCGCCCCGAGGAGGUGCCGCUCAGCGUGUCCACGGUGAGUGGUGCCAGCGUCCGCCAAUUCGCCUCAGCUGUUCUCUGUUCUUCAUUGCAUCAUGCUUCGUUGCUGUCUGAUGCUGUGAAGCGAGCCUUGAGUGCCUCUGCUCUGCCCCGCCAGGUCAACGAGGGUGCCAUGUCCUGCUCGCAGCUCUGAGGGCGUGCCCCGCCCCCCGGCAGGGCCGCACGCCUGCCGCAGGGGGGCCACGGCCAGGGCCAGGGCCACCACCUCGAUGGCAUCCACCUCCAGGUCCGGGACGUGGGGCCGGCGGCAGGCUACCGAGAGACCGCCCUCUGGAGGCCCGCGCCGAGCGACCGACCGCGCCACGCGCUGCGACUCCAGCGGCACUAGUAGUGCCAGCUAGUACACUGGCUACCGGCCGCUAGCAGCGCACCGUGCUGGUCGAGGUGGCGCAAGGUGUCCUCCAAGGUGUCUGCACUUCCACUGCAGUAGCAUGCAGCAGUCGCAGGCCGACACGGGAUCGGCAAAUGGUCCUUAAAACCUUGGAUAAGGCUUGGAAAUUUUUCUACUUUUGUUUCAAACAAAAGAGAAAGAAGUAGAAGGAAAUAGUGAUUUAAAACAAAAAACUAUGCCAAAUUCAAGAGUUUUCUGAUGAAAAAUGUGUCUGUGUGUGCGUGCGCGCGCGCGCGUGUGUGUGAGAGUGCAGUAUAUUUUAAGACUCUCAAGAAUUUUUGAGUGAAGUGUGCACCCUCCUCUGGCUGAACUUUUAUUUCCUGCACGGUUGCUUCAUACACUUCACCCCUACAAAUUGUGCUACCAAGGUGAACAGAAGUGAUAUGGCGUCAAAAUGAGUCCUUUUCUUCGGAAAUACGGACCACAACAUGCAAUCAUGCAUGCAUCAUUAAUUAAUCUGAAACCUUUUUGACAUUCUCUAAUCUCCUUGUUAUUUUUUUAUUGCUUUCUCAAGCUAACAGUACAAAGUAAUUAGGGACAUUGUUGCUAAUAAAAACCCUUGAAAAUGUGAGCAGGUCCACUUCAAUUCAGUGUUUUAACUACAGCAUUGACUUUUAUUGUUUCAUAUUUAUUGGAUUGGUGAAAUAUAGGCGAUAUAAGUAGAAGAGAAGAGUAAUCUAUUUUCACAUUACUGGAGAAACAGGGUUGACUUGUUUUAAAUAAACACAAAUUAUUUUCCUCCCUUGGUAAAUCAUGUAUGAAUUGAAUUCACUAGAAAAACGUCUGCAGCAAGACAUGAGUAGACAGGACUGUUGACCUCAAAUGAUGGAAAGAGCCCUAAUUUAAGCUGUAUUUGUUUUUAUCUCUGCAAAAAACCUGAACUAAGUUACCUUCCUUUGGCCAGGGAUCCAGUUUUCCAUUUGAGUGUUAUUUUCUCUACAUAUCCUAGUCAGAUAAUACCAAAACUAAUCGGUCACUACUAAGUAUUGCUCCACAGUUCUCAGAAGAAAAAAGGAGCGAUUAUCUUGGGGAAAUGUUAUGCUUUGGUCAAAUAGGAAAAAGCCUUUUUCUUUUCCAUUUUUACGACUGUAUAGUGAGUUUAGUAUUAGAAUCUUGAAUUUAUUUCCUGAGCAUUGUUAUUAGUUAAGACAAUUUUGUCACAGAGGUCUCAUUGAUGGUUUUGGUCUCAUUUUGUGCACAUGUGACGUUAUUGGUAACUGAAAUAGGGCAUGAUGAAGAUUGUUUUUCUCGUGCACCACUCAAAAACAAAUAUACAAAUGAAGUUUGGAAGGCCUAAGGCCAGCACUGCCCUAGUAGAUGUAAAUUGAAGUUUUCCCUUACAAUCAGCAAGUAUGAAUUUUGUUUGCAUUAUGUGUGAUGUAUUCAAGACGUAUUACAGUAGUUUCAAAAUUAGGUGAAGCAGAAGUUUUCUGUAGGAACAACUUCACUAAAUUUGGAUUAGUUAUUCUGCUCUCUAGUAUUCUUUCUGUUUGUGGAGUGUUCUAUAUGUGAGUUAAGAAGUUCGGGAGGAAUUAGUGUAAAAAGAUUUUCCUUUAAGUUGUAUGAAAGUUUAUUAAAACUUUUACAAACUAGAGCAGAGGAUUGAUAAAAUAUGUUUUGUACCCAUAGAUGUCAAGUUAAUUUAAUCAGUCUGUUCUCUACCUCUUAAAUAAUAAUCCAUGUUUGAGUGACAUGCUUUUUGCAAGAAAACCCUUCAUGAAAUAAAGUUAUAAAAUCAAUUA